AUGUCCAUAGUCACUGAUUCAAUUAUCGUCGCUAUUGACGGUGCCCUUAUUGUUAUCGCUGAGGCCUCUGCAGGGAUCUUUAUAACACGCAAAGGGGUAUAAAUCAUUCAGUGACUUUCAAAAUCCGGCACAGAGACAAUGUCCAAGGUGACCCUAUGGGUCAUUUUGCCAUGCUUACUGUUCUGUGAAAUGAUAAAUGAGUUCAGCAUCAGCCAAAUGGGCGAAUUUGGCUUGCUCUUUGUAUUUUGUUCACGUAAGAGCUAUUUAGUUCACAUCUUUGUAGGCUAUGGAGUGGGGUGGCUUUUUGGGAAACUCACUCAUGCAGACACAGAAUUGGCCAAACUCAUGAAGGCUUGUAUCGCUUUUCAAGACACGACUGCCAUUCCUCUUGUUUACGCAUCAGUGCUGGGGAACAAUUCAAUCACCAAGCCAGACCAUCAUUUUAAAAAUAAGGCAACUGAAAUAGUGCUUAUUUAUACAGUGUUUAUUACUGUUUAUAAGUGGACUUUUGCUUAUGGGUAAGGAUUACACAGGAUGAUGAAGCCAGAAAUUACUCCAAAAAAUACCAAUGAAAUUGAGCUAUACUGCUUUUUGAUAAAUAAAAAUUAUAUAUAUAAAAAUUGUGACGAUAGACCACUCGACCUCCUGGCCUAUUUUCUUCAAAGCCAGCAAAAAACAGCCGAGUGUGAAGAGGAAGGACAGAAAGACGCCAGGAAUCCUUUUUAUAUAUAGAGUUUGGCUUUUAUCGGGUCCUAGGAAGCUGCUCCCUUUGUUUUUCCUUCGAUACCAUCAUUUGAAAGACCAGAGCCAGCAAAAGCCCCUAGAGGACGAUAAAGUGCUCGAGCAUGGCUCAAGAGGUGGAAUCUGUCGAACGACGAACUGGAAGUUUCGACCCAGGCGAUAGGCCAAUAGGCUCCGGAAAUCUCCGUCCUGUCUGUUUAGGAAGAGCAGCUUACUUUAAUUUAAUUUAAUUAAUAAUAAAAAUUAUUAUUUUUUAUAUUAAAAAUAAGGCUAUUUAUUACAAUUAAUUAUACUAGAAAGCGCUAGCAGCAAUGGGACAAGUAAAGUAAACGAAAAUUCAUGGCUUUGGAAAGUCAAAAAGACCUUAAACCCUCCAAUUUAUGCAACUUUGGUGUCAGUUCCCUUGGCCUUGAUCCCAUACAUGAAGGAAUAUGUUUUUGCAGGGUCUGGAGCUGUGUUUAAGAACAACUUAUUCGCAGCCAUGACCAGCAUCGGAGCCUGUGCUUCACCAAUUAUAAAUCUUAUGCUUGGGUCAAACUUAAGCCAGGGAUACCCUCCAGAAGCAGAUAUUAGCUGGUAAUUUUUAUAUAGGACGUGCUUAAACUUGGUUAUGAUCGGAAAAAUGGUCGUCAUGCCUAUUUUUGGGGCUGCAAUGCUUUUUCCUUUAUAUUGGGCUGGAAUAAUUGUAAAAAUUACAUAGAACCGUGUUAUGGUGAUUAUGGUUGGGGUCACUUUUGCGUCUCCAACGUCACUGCAGCUGCUUAUGAUUUGUGUGAUUCAUAAAAAUCAAGUAGAUAAUAUUUCGAAGGUGUAUCUAUUUAUGUAUUUGAUUUGUGCAAUUCCGAUGAGUGUUUGGACUAUUGUGCUUCUGGUUUUAGCUUAUCAAUAA